AUGCCGAUGAGGAGUGUAAUGGGAAGACUGAUCGGGCUAAGAAAAGCCUUUCUCUCUUCUAAUCUUAGUAUUACAACUUUGAUGGACACGACGCUGAAAAAAUAUGACCCUUUACGUAAUAGAUUGCGCCCUAUGUGGCUUACGAGAACAAUUUCAUCCAUUCUCGAAAGUGAGCCCACUGUUUCGUCAAUUUCCCAAGAAUGUACGCAAAGUGAAAGCAAAGAGGUGGAAGAGAAGUGUAUAGAAAAAGGAGAUAUUAUUGAUUUGAAUGACUUUCUCUUCACAAAAACCAGGGAUUACCUAGUUAAAAAUAACAAUCAACAGGUUAAGGCCGGGCACUUGAAAGGCAAGGUUAUUGGAAUAUAUUUUCUUUCACUGCCGAUAUUUGCUGAUUAUUUUCAAUGGGCUAAGGGGGUCACAACAUUGAUAAUGGAUGUAUACAAGGAUUUACAGCCGGACAAUAACUUUGAGAUUGUUUUUGUUGCUGAAACUGAUAAGAGCGUAAAAGAAAGUGACUCUCAGAAGCGUUUUGACACUGAAUUUUCUUUUAUGCCAUGGACCGCCAUCCCAAUCUCAGACAUAACAUCCAGGAAAAUGCUGCAAGUAAGCUUUGGUGUGUCCCGAAGAGGAUAUAUCCAUCGCAGUAGGUUUGUCAUUGUUGAUCCCACCGGAAUGGUUUUGCAAUGUGAUGCUUUGAGACUUUUUAUUGAUUAUGGAGCCUUGGGUUAUCCCUUUUCUGAUGAAAGAAUAAAAUAUCUGAGGGAAGAAGAUUAUGCAACCGCCAAGCAACCCUCGUUAAAAAAAUUAUUGACCUCCCCUGAACGUGAUUAUGUCAUUUCAAACAAAGGAAAUAAGGUACCUAUUCACACUUUUGAAGAUAAGUUAGUAGCCGUAUAUUUCUAUAGAAAUACUCCCAACAACAACUCGAUACUGGUGGAACUGGAGCUAGCUUAUGAAGAGUUGGCAAAAGUCGAGAAAAAUUUUCAGGUUGUGUUCGUUUAUGGUAGAGAGCCACAAGACUUACUUGAUUUUCCAACAACUGAAAACUUAUUUUGGGAAAAUUUUAAGACUAUGCCUUGGUUGGCAUUGCCGUUUAGAGAUCCGAGUUAUAAGAAGUUGAAUCGAAUUUUUAAGAUAUCCUAUUACAAUGUAUUUGCACACGGUGGCCUUGUAAUUUUUGGGCCUCAUGCAAAAUUUGUUGAACCAUUCACAGCUGACAUCUUGCUCCAGUAUAAUCUCCAAGGUUAUCCAUUCACCCGCAAGAAAGCUGGAAAGUUCAUAACCCAAGAAGUAGAGGAAUUUAAGCUGGAGAUGCUGUGGGAUCCAAGCACCGUCUUUACAAGGAACGAUGGGCGCCAGGUUCCUUUCUGUCAACUUGCUGGGGAGAGAGUCGUACUUGUAACGGAGCAUGAUGGUUCUGCACCUAUUGUUACCCAUUUUGUAAACGAAGAAUUCCUAUUGAUGUUGAAGGAACGGUAUCUUCAAAUGAAAGGCACUGAUGAUGAGUUUGAAGUAAUCCGCAUUGUAUAUGGAGAUAGGAAAUCUAACCUCACUGACUACAAUGUCGGAGAUAUGCCCUGGUUGGUAUCAUUUAAAAGCCAGUUGAAACUCGAUUUAGGAUCCUACUACUGGAAGGACCUACCUUUUGAACUUGACUAUUUAGACUGUUUUAAGGUCGUGGUUUUUGAUCAAGAUGGAAGACUUGUCAGAAAAACAAAGAAUCCUAAUUUUGAGGAUUAUCCGGAUGUCGAGGAUACUGAUAUCGAAAUCAGAUUCCAGUUAUGCUCACUUCGGCUGGAACUACUGACUACACAAAGAUAAAUUAGAACAAGUUUAUUUGAGACACUUGUCCGUGUUUGGUCGACUAAAUCUAAUGCGCUAAUAUUUUUU